AGCCCCACAAGCACCGAUCGCGCCGCCGGCGCGGCCUCGGCCCGAUGGCGCCGAGGCUCGCGCCGCUCGCGUGGCUGCUGCCGGCGGCGCGCCGGCGGGGCUGGCUGCAGGCGCUGGCCGUGGGCGUGACCCCGUCUUUGAACCGCCGGUCCAUGGCCGCCGUUCUGCUCACCGUGGCCGCGUGCUACCGGGCCUGGAGUCGCGGUCCGCGGCUGCCGGGCGUGGUCUUCCCCGCGGUCAGCGAGCUCGGCGUCGACCUGCCGCAGCGGAGGAUGUACCAGUUCGGCUUCGUCUCGUGCGGGGCCCUGCUGUCCGCGAGCGUGGCCAUCUUCACGGAGCUGCUGGCGCCGCACUUGCUCCAAGCGGCUGCGGAGCCCAUUCCCGGGGAGGACCUCGGCGCCGGCGGCCAGGCCGCCGCCGCUGCGGCGACGGCAGGCGGCCGCGCCCGCCGAGGCGCGCAUCUGCGGCCUGGGCGGCGGAGCGCUCGACCUCAACGGCCAGGUCGGCAAGCUGAAGACGCAAGAGGGUUCAGGCGGAAGGUGGCGGGUGGAGCUCCCGAGCGGAGCGGUGAAGGCGGUGCCGCCCCAGAACUUGGUCGCCCACAAGCCGGAGGCCGCUGCGGGGGCUCCCGAGAGGCAGCUGUGGGACAGUUGCCUCCGCUGGGCGCACUGCAGCGCGCUGGGCGUCGCCGUGCAGGGGGGCGUCACCCUCGUGCGCGAGCUCUGCCUGCAGAACUUCGUCCACUGGGGCGGCGCCGUCCUCUUCAUGGCGGGCGCCGUGCAGCACGCGAAGGCCUCCGUGGACCUCUACGAGGCGGCCGCGCGGAGGGGCGCGCCCCUGCUCGGCCGCCGGAGGGUGGCGGUGGCGGCGAGGGCCCGCCACGCCAUCCUGAACUACUCCAGCAUGGCGCUGUUCCUGCUCCCGCUGGCCCUGCAGGCGUUCCCCGCGGCCGGCCCUCCCGGGAGAGGCACGACUGCCGGGGGAGGCGCGUCGCCAGAGGUGGACCCCGCGGUGCUGAAUGCCAUGGGCGUGGUGCAGUGGGGCAUCAUCCAGCCUUUCGCCGUGUUCUUCUGCACGUACGCCUGCGACAUGUCCGCCGCCGCCGCCUGGCGGCCGCCAGAGGGCUAGAGGAGGCCCCAGCGCCGGGGGCCGUACUGCUCGCAGGGCUGGCGCUCCGAAUGCCGCGUCCCUGCCUUCCUCCUCUCCCUCCUCCCGCCUGCUCCCCCUCCUCGCGCCGUGGCUUUCAUCUGGAGCUGGGUUCCAACUCUUCGUCCUUUGCACAGGGGCGCAUCGACGUCCAUUCCCAGGCGUUGAUCCGAGGCUUGUAGCUGAAGACCUGUGGGCUCCAACCGCUCACACCUGCGUCCAGCCUCGGUCGUUGAUCCCAUUGUGUGUAGUUGAUGGCGUCAGGGCCCUUCUUAUCACACAUGUAAGUUUCAAUUCGUUAACCGCCUACCCCGAGGCCAUAGCUGAAGCGGUUGGGCUCCAGCUUCUUCUCACAUCUACUUGUACUGCUGCUGAAGACGUUGGGAUUAAACUUAUCAUCGCAGCGAUUUCUCGUGGUCUGCUGACCCCCGUACUAUAGCUGAAGUCGUCGUGCUCCAGCUGUCCUCACAUAUGCAUCCAUUUCCAAGUGCGUUUGCCCCUGGGCUGUAGCUGAAGUCGUUGGUCGCCAGCGUCUUCUCCCACGCGGCAUCGAUUCCCAGGUUGUUGAUCCCAAGGCUGUAGUAAAAGUUGUGGGGUUCCAGUCGCCUCGCACAGCUGUAUUCUUUUUCUCGCGCGCGGCGUCCAGAGCUGUAGCUGAAGACGUCGUUAUCCAGCUGCGUUCUUCCGACUGUACUGGCGACGUUUGUCUCCAGCUCCUUGUCACAUCUUCCAGUCCUGGUGCAUUGAUCCCUGGGCUGUAGCUGCCGCCACCGCAACUGGGCGCCCUUUUGUCGCGGCGGCCCUCGAUCUCGAGCGCCGAGCUGCGGCUGAGGGUGCGGCGAGCUGCCACGGCCUGACCAGGCGCUCUCUGGGGGGGUGCGUUAGCCCCCCUCCCCCCCACACCGAAAGUCCACGCGACCAACCAGAGCGGCGAGACCUUCCAGUGGACUGCUUCGCGCGCGGACUGAGCGGACCACACUUCUGAGUGCUGCGUCUGGCUCUCUGGCCGCUCCCAAGUUGGCCGGCGGAGGCUCGGAUGUUCUGGGGCGCGUCGGCGAGCAUGCGAGAGGACCGGCUGAGGAGA